UUAAUUAUGCAGUGGCCAUCAUCAUCUACUCUGUUCUGUCUUUUCGAUUUCGACAACACUCGAGUUUGUGUCUUUUUCUCAGCCGCGACUCCUCUCUGUCUCCGCGACUCCUCUCUGUCUCCACGGCUCUAUAACCUCCCUCCCGAUCAAGAGUUACAUUUUCUCCGUCUUUUAUUUUUGUAGAUGGAAGAGAGUGAUGCUGUUCCAAAACCAGUUGUUGUCGACCCUCCAUUGUACGACGAAGCUCCUCCAUCGACUACUCAGCGCCGGCUGGUGGUGAACGCCGCCGAUGUGGCUCCCCCGGGAGAAAAUCAUCUCAUUCAGCGGAUUCAAAGAGCUCUUGUGGAACUGCGUGAGUUGAGAAAUCAGUUUAAUGCCAUUCUUAGAGAAUUAGAAAUCGAAGUGGGAGAAGAAGAAGAGCAAGCGGAAUCAUCAGUGGAGGAUCCAGAGGACUCUGAUUCUUAGUUUUUUUUUUCUUUCUCUCUUGUCUAAAGAAUUCUUAGUUUGUUUAUUAGACAUGUUUUGGUUACUCAUUCCAAGUACCUAUUCAAUCGUGAUUUCUUUGAAGUGAAUUAGCUUUGUUACUCUA